AUGGCUCAAUCUGAUCCCAAAGCAACGGCUCUCUUGCAUGUGUCCUUGGUCGACAAGGCCACUGAAGCAAUCAAACAGUUGAUUAUCGUCAGUCUAGAAGAUGCAAGCAUUAAAGGAGUCGACACCCUUGGUGACAUCCGCAAACUUCUCGCCGAACAUCGUGCGUUAAAUGUUAGGCAGCAACAAUAUUCAUUUUGCAUCCCGAGUGGCGCGAAAGCCACGGACUCUUUGAAGUGGUCCAAAUACAAACAGUUGCUGAAGACAGAAGACCCACCUAAGUUAGAAGUAUACCUCUUGCAGACCAAGUUGGAGGGUGGUAUUGAUGAUACCACAAAGGAGUUCCUUAAUCAAAAGCUUGAUGCUGCGUUGACUAAGGAACCCAGUGAAGCAAACAAGGCGCAAAUCAAGGAGCUUGUAAGUGCUUAUGUGGCAAGCGCCUACACUGCGACUCCUGGGGGAAAGAUCAGCCACCCAGCAGAGCUGGCCGACCGAGAUUGGGACAUCGUUCUGCGAACGACCAGCUUGUUACAUGGAUAUUCUAUUGCCACGACCGGAGACAAGAACAGUAGUAUACUACUGGGAAUAGAGCGAGUUACCCGACCUGCCUUUGUGAUAAAGGAGAGGGAGAUGAGCCUCUAUGAGGGAUUCAUAGAUAGCAAGAAACCACAGGGAGGCCCUCACGCUAUUAGAACCCGGAUCCCUCUUUUCAACGUUACAGAUGGCUCAAGCGUGCAUGUUUUUGAGACCAAAAACGAGGUGGCAACUGAAUUAGCACGAAGUGCAUUUUCUCAAACCGAUGUGGAAACAGCGCUUGGCGGUGGUGCGGCAGGAUUCAGUGCUGCUGUAAAGGCAAGUCUCAGUGUGCAGGAUAAACAAGCAGUCGAAAAUGCAAAAAAGUCUACGCAAAGCCAGAUCCACAUUUCUUACAAUUUCCCUCGUGUCGUGGUAUAUCUGGACAAAGACAGCCUAGAGCUGACAGACGAGUGCAAAACCGAUCUCCGGGCAUGUGUGCCAGCUGGGACGGCAGAGCUGGAUACGGAGAAGGUUCAAGAGCUUUUCAAAAAAUACGGUCAUUUUCUCCCGACAAGAGUUGAGCUUGGCGGUCGACUCCAUUCCACCGAGCAGCUAACGCAGGACAACAAAUCCGAUGCAGCCAGUGUGUCCCAUGCCUUAAAGGUUGCCGCGAGUCUAUCGUUUUCCUCGCCGUAUGUGCAGGCGUCUGCGAGUGCCAGCCACGAACACUUGGAGGAGUCCAAAAGUCAAGCUCAGGCAAGCAGCCUCUCUAAAUCAAUUUGCUGGGAGGCGGACGGAGGCGACACUUUGUUAUGCAACAAUCCUCCAGCUUGGUGCUCCACGGUGGGAUCACAUUAUAACUGGCGGGUAAUGAAGCAAGGAAACCUUGUCCCAAUGAUUUCCUUGAUUUCCGCCUUGUUGGAAAAGGAAAGCGAUAUGGAGAACAUCAAGACAGCCUUGCAGAAGGUCGCAAACGGCCAAGACCAGACAAUCGUGCAUAAUCAAGCAUCUUCUCAAGUGCAGCCGUCUCAGGGACUUGUACCCUAUGUGGAUGGGGCAGAGAACACUAUUAGCAAGCCAGGGAAUGCAGGAGAAUCGAAACUCGAUGGCGAAUACUACGAUGAGGUGGAGUCAACAACAUAUUUUCACCUGAAGUAUCUCAAGAAGGAUAAGCAUGAUGAGGACAAAUAUCUUUGGGUCAAUUGGCAAGAGUACUGGGAUUCAGACUGGCCGGAUAGCUUCCGUGAUUUGGAUGGACGAGAGGAAAUCGUGGAGGAUAUUAAGCGCCACCAGGCAAAGUACGCUGAUGACUUUAAGCGAGCUAUGGAAAGCUCCCCCCAAAAAUGGCCGGCAGGGUUUAUCUCUUAUUUGGCUGGAGAUCGGCAAAGAAUGGGGGUUGUGCCAAAGCCGCCGCCAAAGUACCCGGUGGAUAGACCACACCCCGGCCUACGACCUGAACUGCCUUUUGUCACUACCGUUCGGGGCCUUCCCAAUGAUGUCAACAAGUUACACUAUAACACGGCUUACACUUUGAAGAUUGGGGACUGUCCAGUGUGUGCAAACGACGCUGCACCGGGCUUUUACCACAGCAGGUACUUGUUCAGGCAACAGACCGCGGGCUUCCCACUUUAUCCGACACCGUUAAUGUUUCAAAAGUCUGAUGGCUCCUCUGGCACCGGCGUGAUAAGAAAUGGCGACAAGGUCACCCUCCAUGUUUUGUCCAGUAAGAAAGAUGCUACGGGGAAAGUCGUAUAUAACGAUGAUGGAGGAGUUGGGAAAAUGCUCAAAAAUGCGGUUGGCGUAGACCCGUUCGCAAUUACAGUCCCUCUCGAGUUUACCUUGGAGUAUCAAUGA